AAAAAAAGGUGAGGGGAGGAGACACUCAGCAGAAAAGCGCAGUCGCCACACCACAAAGCGCCGGCGGGACGACACAACGCAGAUCAGCCUCUCUUCGCGCUUAGAGCAACGUCGGCAGCCUCUCAGUAGCGGCACCACACGCAGUAGACACAGAUCUACCUUGUAGUGAAAGAAUCAGCGGCGGAGGUACUCCGGUCGUCGAGAUACGGCGCUUUCUGCACAAACCCAAGGUCGUUCCCAUGAGGGUGAACGUCGGCGAUGAGAAGCGCAGCAAGCGGAAGCUCCCGGCCGCUGCAGCUGCUGUGGACGAGGGAGAAGUGAAGCCACUACAGACCAACACACACACGACGCACCACUCGAAGCUGCAGCUCAAAUGCAAGGACGGCUCGACGUUUGACGUGACGUACGAGCAGGCGAUGAUGUCAUCCACGCUCUGGGUGCUGAUGCAAGGUGAGCAGGCACAUGUAAUAACGAGAGACCGAAGAGAAGAAGAACUGAUGGCAAUGUUUUUACGACAGAUGUGUCCGGCAAGAAGCCCAAGAACAGUGUCAAGCAGCACAUCGUCCCCAUCUUUGACGUGCCAACAGAUAGCGUACAACGCGCACUGGACUACUGCAGUUGUCUGUACAAGCAGCAGGUGGACAGAGUGGAAACGGCGAUGUUAGACUGGGAGGACGAGUUUGUCAGUCUAGAGUCAAAGGAGCUGUGCGAUCUGGCGAAGGUGGCGUCAAAUCUGGAUAUCCAACCGCUCGUGGACUUGACAUGUCGGUCCAUUGCUCAGAUCAUGUCCGCAACUUCUGAAGCGGAUGAAUUGAGGAAGAAAUUUGGACUGGAAGACCCACCUGACGUCGAAUGCAGUUGUGAGCUGCGGAGUGACAUGGCUGGUUUCGACUUUGACAUGUUUAACACUCUGGAUCAUGAUCUUUCUACAGAGGAAUAUGAACUAGUGGAAUUCGACCAACCGAGCGUCGACGAGUUAGUUAGUUUCAUCAACGGCAGCGGCAGCAAUCCAAACGCGACGUCGAAUAUCCAGCAACAAGCCAAGAAGAACUGUCAUUUACACGGGGAGAACUCGUCGGAUCCCGGCGAUUCUAAUAACGGCAGCACGUCCAGUAAGAAGAAGCGUAAAAAACGCAAAAAGAAGAAAACGCCGCCCCCUUCUCACGACUCCAGCGACCAAAUCGACACGAAAUCAUCUACUGCGAUUCAGACGAGUGCAACAGAGUCAACUAAGCAGAAUCAAGAGUCAAGUAGCAGCGACGAGAAGGAAGAACCGGAUCCCACUCCGACAAAGUCGAGUUCUGCUCGAAAUGGGAAGAGCAAACCACAAACAUUAGAGGAGAAAGUCCGAUUAGCACGACAAAAUCCCAGUGCUGUGUUCAAGGAAUCGCAAUUCGAAGACGAUGACGACGAAGACAUGGCCAAAGUGAUCAAGAUGUUCGAGUUGAACCUUGAAUCUGCAUACCGCGACUGCGACAAGAAGAAGAAACCCCGACUAGACUUUGCACCACGCGAAGUGUUUCGGUCCUCCCUUGUGCAGUCGUCGCAAUUUGAGUACGUGCAGCGUCGUCUUUCAGCCACAAUGACGUAGCUCCAUACUUUGUGUGACCAUCACUCCUAAACUAUCCACUAAUAUGACAUUCCCGAACAAGGAGAAUCUAUUGCUUUUUGUAC